UGUUUUCUCAGACUUGUCCCAGUGUCUCUGUUUCCUUCCUCAACUCCGGCUGUUGUGAAGGACAGUCUACUGAAAUUCCUCAGAACCACAUUCCAAGACCACACCUGACCUAACUGAAGCGAGAUUGGAGUAAGGAAUGCUCCCUGAACAUCAGCGAGAGAGCCGCGUGUGUCAACAAACGGGAGCCCUGCUGUUAAAGCACAUACUGGUGAAAUGGAGGAAGAAAAAGCAGAGUUUUCAGGAAUUGGUCCUCUCGUUAGUGAUACCCCUCUUAUUGUAUCUGAAUAUAACGAGUGGUUGGUACAUGCCACAGUUUUCAGUACCUUCCCACGACUUUGGGCGUGUCGAUAAGAUUCAUGCUUCCAGCUAUGGACUUCAGUAUACUCCAGUGACACACACGACCAGACAAAUAAUGCAGCAUGUGGCUUCGGAUUCUUUUAUGAAGGGUAUACGUAUUUUUGAAAAGACUGAAGAAUCAUCAGAGCUGGAAAUAAAUGAUACGACAUUUUUUAAUCUUAUAGAAGUUAACUUUAAGGAUGAUUUCUCUUAUGAGUUAUCCUCCCCGGAUGAUUCUACAUUCCAUUUACAAACGGACAACAUGAACCAUCAUUCAGAAAGCUGCUCUGACGCCAUGGAGGAGGAUUACGUCACUUGUGCCGUUAUGACUGCGUUGGAUUCAGGAUUUGUUGCCCUGCAAGCAAACAUCGACGCGGCCAUCAUUCAACUGGCAUCCAACCACACGGUGAUAGAAGAGCUGCGCUCAGUCACGGCCGUUCAGAUGGAGUCUGCCCCGUUCCGUAUUAGCCAACGUGUCAGCUAUGACUUUUUGGUGGUGUGCGCUGCCAUGGCGUUCUCUCCACUCAUCUACUUCAUGUCCCUCAAUGUGGCAAAAGAUAGGAAGAAGUUAAAGGAGCUCAUGAGGAUGAUGGGGCUCCAGGAUGUAGCGUUCUGGUUCUCCUGGGGUUUGCUGUAUGCAGGUUAUAUUUUAAUUGUGACCAUUCUACUUACACUUAUCAUGAAAUCAGAUGAAUUUAUUUACCAGACCAGCCAUUCUGUGAUGUUCUUCCUGUUUUAUCUCUACGGUCUCUCUUUGAUGUCACUUGCUUUCUUGCUAAGUACAUUGUUGAAGAAACCUAAGCUCACUGGCAUAGUUGGGUUCCUCUUCACCCUUUCCUUCGGAAGUCUGGGCCUUGCUGUAUUGUAUGACCAGGUUCCUGAACCUUUGAAAUGGGCUUUAGGUCUCUUCUGUCCUUUUGCCUUCACAGCUGGAUUUGUGCGGAUUGUACAUUUAGAAGACAAUGUGAAAGGGGUGGAUUUUUCUGACUUUCUGGAAGACUCCUACCCAAUGUUGGCCCUUUAUUUCCUGUUGGCUUUUGAUGCGCUUCUCUAUUUGACACUAGCCAUCUACUUUGACAAAGUCUUGCCUGAUAAAUAUGGGACGCGCCAUUCCCGUUUGUUCUUCCUGAAGCCAAGUUAUUGGUUUAAAGAAAGGCAGAAGGGUGUCCGCAGUGAUAUCCUAGACCAUGAAGAACACAGUGACCAGGGCGUUAGUGAUCACAUUGAACAAGUGCCUCCAGAAUUUCGUGGGAAAGAAGCCAUCAGCAUCAACAAUAUUAAAAAAACCUAUGGCGAGAAGGACAAGACAGUGAAGGCUUUAAAAGGUUUGUUCCUUAAUGUCUAUGAAGGCCAGAUCACUGCAUUACUUGGUCACAGUGGAGCUGGAAAAAGUACGCUACUCAACAUCCUUAGUGGACUUUGCCCACCUUCAGAAGGCUCUGCCAUUAUAUAUAAAUACAAAGUGUCUGAAAUGGAGGACUUGAAAGAAAUUAGGAAGAUAAUUGGAGUUUGCCCACAAUUUAACGUUCAGUUUGAAGUUUUAACAGUGAAAGAAAAUCUAAGGAUAUUUGCCAAAAUCAAAGGGAUUCUGCCAAAAGAGGUUGAACAAGAGGUCCAAAAGGUUUUGACGAUGUUGAAAAUAACAGAUGUCCAGGACUGCCAAGCGAGCAGCUUAAGUGGAGGACAGAAAAGAAAGCUGACACUUGGAAUUGCCAUUUUAGGAGACCCCCAGGUUUUGCUAUUAGAUGAGCCAACUGCUGGAUUGGAUCCCAGUUCCAGAUACCAUGUAUGGAGCCUACUGAAGGAGCAUAAAGCUAACCGAGUAACCCUGUUUUGUACCCAGCUAAUGGACGAGGCCGAUAUUCUCGCUGACCGGAAAGCUUUUAUCUCCCAUGGGAGGCUGAAGUGUGUUGGCUCUUCUCUCUUUCUGAAGAGAAAAUGGGGAAUUGGAUAUCAUUUAAGCCUGCACAUUAAUGACUCUUGUGAUACUGUGAAAGUGACAUCUCUAGUCAAACAAUAUAUCCCCAGUGCUAAGCUAUCUGGGCAGAGUCAAGAAGAGCUGAUUUACAUGCUACCCUUUGAAAAUGUGGAUAUGUUCCCUGAACUGUUCUGUGAUCUAGACGCUUCUGCAUGCCCGGGGAUUCUGAGUUACGGCAUUUCCAUGACAACCCUGACUGAUGUGUUCCUGACACUGGAAGAAGAAGCCGCAGUUGAGGAAGCAGAUUACGGUGUUUUUGGUGAGGAGCAGGCAGAAGAGGAAAGAGAGACCUUCUCUGCCGAUGAAUUGGAACAACGUCUCCUGUCACUUUCCGACACCAGCAGGGCGACUGUCAGUGGCGCUGCCCUCUGGAGACAGCAAGCCUGUGCCGUGGCAAGAAUUCGCUUCCUGAAGCUCAAGCAUGAGAGUCGCACCAUUAGGUCUAUAUUACUGCUGUGUGGCUUUCUGAUCCUGCCCAUCCUUCUCAUCAAGAUAUUAACCGAGAAAAGAACUGUUGCCCAUACGUUGAAGGUUUCGCCUCAGAUGUAUUUUCUCCAGCCUGGAUGGCAGCACUAUCAAACUCGUCACACCAGCUUAUUGGUCCUCAAUGAUACAGGCUCGGACAUUGAGGACUUCAUCCAUGCUGUAAAGAGUCAGAAUAUAAUGUUGGAAACAGCUAAUUGGAAAAACAUCUCAGAUGCUCGGGAAUAUAAUGGGGCUAUUAAAGUAUCACUGGAAGAUAAGCAUUUCAGAUUUACAAUGAUGUGCAAUGCUCAGAGAAUCAAUUGCUUCCCAGUCCUGAUGAACAUCAUUAGUAAUGCGUUACUAAGGACCUUGAACUCCACCAGGCAUAUUCAAAUCAUGAGUAGGACGCCCCCUCUGAUUUCACUUGUGCACAUGACAGACUUGCUUUGGGUUUCCAUUAUUCUCAUGUCUAUUUUGGCUUCUGGUCUUGCACCUCACUUUGCCAUGAGCAGCAUAGGGGAUUACAAGAUAAAAGCUCACUCCCAGCUGUGGACUUCAGGCAUGCUCCCAUCAGCGUAUUGGUGUGGCCUGGCUCUGGUGGACACUACCCUCUGCUGCAUUCUUCUCUUUACAAUGACUGGGAUUAUAUUUAUAAUUUUUUAUAACAUUAGCCUGACUCCUGGAUUUUUAGCCUUACCUAUGAUUGCAGCUAUUAUUGGCUAUGCAGCAUCCAGUGUCCUCCUCACCUAUGUGGUCUCUUUCCUUUUCCGUAAAGGGAAAAGCUACAGUGACUUUUGGGCUUUUAUCUUUAUAUUUGUUUCUUUCGUGCUUAAUGGAAUUUCUUAUAUCAUCUUUGUGGACUUCCUCAUGACCCUCCUCACUGCACUGAUUCCUGUCUAUGCAUUAGUUGGCUGUAUGAAAAUAAUUGUGCAGGUGUCAUCAGAAUAUUCACUUCUCUCAGAUGAGAUCUAUCCGAUUCUGAGCAGAAUCCACUUGCUAACUAGCCUAGCGCCAUACGUGCACUGUCUCAUUUUAAUUUUCAUUCUGAGAUGUCUGGAGUGGAAAUAUGGAAGAAAAACUAUGAGAAAAGAUCCAGUGUUCAGAAUUUCUCCAAAGAAUGAGAUCAUCUGCCCAAACCCUGAAGAGUCUGAAGGAAUAGACGAAGAUGAAGAUGUUGAAGCUGAAAGAAUGAAAGUCAGGCAUGUGUUGACUGGUCAGAACCAGGAAGAGAGACCAAUCCUUAGUGUCCACAGACUACGCAAGGAAUACAAAGACAAGAAGGCCAGCUCUGUUUUUAAGAAAAGGACAAAAAUGGCCACAAGAAAUGUCUCCUUUUGUGUUAAAAAAGGCGAGAUUUUAGGGCUACUUGGACCCAAUGGGGCGGGGAAAAGCACAACUCUAAGGAUGAUCGUUGGAGACACGAUCCCAACGGCUGGACAGCGCUACAAAAAGGAGAGGGUGUUUAACUCUUCUGCCUGUCUCCCUUUCCCUGUGGGGAGACCUGAAGGAUUCCAUGUUGAAGAAGAGAAUUUUUAAAAGUCCGAAGAAGCACUUGUACCUUUGAGCCUCCAGUUACUGGUUGUUUGUGCAGGUGCUGAUGCAGGGGACAGA